GUGCGCUGCUCCGCUGCCGGCCACGUCUCCACGCCGGGCCGCGGGCACUUCCCCGCCGUCCGACGGCCGCCCGGCCGCCGCAGGCCUGCCGCGCCCGGAUGCGUCUGUUGCCAGAGCGGGGCAUCUGCCCGUGUCCCAUGUGUGCCGCAAAGCAUGCCAUGGCCAGCAAGUGCUCCUCGAAGCUGCUCUCGCCUCCUGCAAAGCCAGACCUCAGCCAGCAAGCACACGGAGCCAAGCCCGCCGCUCUCCAGCAAGGACAACGGCCCAGCUCGAGAGCACGCCCUGAGCAACUGCGUCUGAUCCUUCAGCCAAGCAGCAGGGAAUCAUUAGCAGCCUGAGGAGUGGCCAGCUGGGAGCCUCAGGGACCGCCCAGCCUUGCUCCUGGCUCACCCACAAGAUGUGGACAGCCCUUGUGCUCGUUUGGAUUUCCUCCUUGUCCUUAUCUGAGAGCCUGGUGCCAAUCAAGGAUCCACGGCACUCAGUCCUCAACGAGACAGAUAAUCCGGACGAGAAAGAUGCAUCUGUGAUGACAGUUACGAGAGUCCUUCAUGGAACGUCUGAAACAAUGACCGCGGUGACACCUUCUCCUGUCCCAUUGGCCACAGCGAGCCCGGCGGCCAACGCCAGCUCUCCUUCGGUCACAGCAGGGAGCACUCUCAGGACAGACGACGCAGGGACGGAAGGUGCCCCUGACCCAGUCGCCUCCAGGGCACCCCUGCCACCUGCUUCAGCGGCGGCAGGGCGGACCCCGCCCUCCGCCACCGUCAGCGUCCCUCGCGUGCAGGUGCUGAGCGGCAGCCCGCUGCCGGGCACAGCCGCCCUGACGACACUGGCCACCAGCGCUCAGCCUGCCGCUGGGACCACAGCGGGUGCCCGCAGCCCUUCCCAGCAUGCCCCCAGCAACCCCACAGCCAGCCCCACGCCCCCGUCGGGUCCACAAGCGCCUAACGUGUCCACGCAAGCGCCUAACGUGUCCACGCAAGCGCCUAACGUGUCCACGCAAGCGCCUAACGUGUCCACGCAAGCGCCUAACGUGUCCACGCAAGCCCCCGCCGUCCAGGCAUCAGCGGCCCAGCCCGCGGCUGGCACGGCAAGUGGGCCCAUGCCCACCCUCUCCAACAGCACCUCAGAGCCCACCCGCCCACCUGUGGCUUCCACGGCUCCCGCGGCCACCAUAGCGGUGACCGGCACCACGGCCCCGGCCCAGGAGCCGACUACCAGCACAGCGUCAGCGCCUGCGCCCCACGGCAGCCCGACCCCCAGGGGGGAGGCCACGCCCCCCACGACCCGGCCGAGCCCUGCUCCAUCGACCCGGGGGGCCCCCGGGCAGGUGCUGCCUGGAACCUCUCCUGGUCCCGCGUCCACCGCGCCAGCGUCCGGGAGUCCCGGGGGCUCGAAGAUGCCACCCACAGCCUUGUGCCCACUCAGCAGCCAAGGCCAGUACGUGGUGGUCACUGCCAAGCCCCUCAGCCCGUCUCUGGUGAACAGAGGUUUCCUCCUGGCAGUGCUCUUGCUCGGGGUGACUCUUUUCAUCAUAGUGUUGGUUCUGCUAGCCCUGCAAGCCUACGAGAGUUACAGGAAGAAAGAGUACACGCAGGUGGACUAUCUCAUCAAUGGGAUGUACGCAGACUCAGAACUGUGACGGGCCGAGGAGGCCGAGCCCACCCCUCCUUCCAUUUUGCCUCUGAGACCAAACCAAGUGCUUCCAGAUCCUUUUGGUGCAAUUAGGAGGUGUGCCGGACGCUUCAACACAUUUACUUGCUGUCAGAUUAAUUCCUCGAUCACUCAAGAGUUGCUGCUUUUUCGUAUUUAUUUUUGUAAACAAUCAUGUCCAUGGAGUGGGCAGUGAUCCCACUACAGCGGGGCUGGCAGGGCCCCGGUGUGGAUCCCGACCCGAAUUAAAGCAAUGACCGCCUUCCAUUCAGA